AUGGUCAUUUCUGGCAUGGCAUGUUUUGAGUCGCCGUCGUCAUCUGUUAGAGGCUCUUUUUCUAGCAGUAAGGAACAAUUCGUGGUCCCCGAUCCGUCAUCGCUCGGUACUCGUGCCGGCAUAAACCUUCGAAUAAGCCAGUCAGGGAGCCGUCGUGCUAACAAACAUGCUGAAAGUAGUUCUGGCAGUCCUAAAAAAUCGACUCAAUUCAAUAUCAGCGCGUCUAUCUCAAAUCUUGCUUUGUCCAGCGAGUCCCGGUCUCAAACCAGCACAUCUUCUUUUCACUUUAAACACCGUCAGUAUCAUCACCUUCCUGAAACACGCCUCAUUAAUAGGCCUGCUAUCAGCUCGCGCACCUACCCAAAUAAGCUUCAAGCCUGUCACUGCCAAUCCCUAAGGAAUGCCAGUCCAGAGCCUAGCACUUUCCACAAAUCCCCAUCUGGCCGAACAUUUCUUAACCCUUGCUUCAGGACUCGUUCUCAUUCUCGCCAGCUGCAGACAGCCUCCACUUCAGGAGUUGAGUCCACAGAGUUCAGUGCUGACUCGGAUAUAGAACAUACAGUUCCUUCACAUUUAAUAAUAACACCGGCCCGCUGCACACACCUUUCCAAUGACGUGGCAGCCAGGCCGAAGGCCAAAUCACCAAGGCGGUCAAAGUCCUUACUGGUGGUGAGAGCCCCUUUUUGCAGCUCUUGCAAAUUUUCUUAUUCUGGUGACUUGAAUCUGAAAAUUGAUGGAAAUGCUAAUGAUGCUUCAGAAAGUUGGUGCUCCUGUUUUCGCUCCACCUUUUCACAUUCUGCUGACAAUGCCACUUCC